AUGAAUAAACAAGAUGUUAUGAAGCUUCAGACUUGUAUUCUGAAAGUAAACGUACACUGUGAAGGAUGUAAGCAUAAAGUGAAGAAACAGUUACAGAAAAUCGAAGGCGUGUACUCUGUAAAAGCAGAUGUAGAACAGGGGAGAGUCACUGUCACAGGGAACGUUGACCCUGCGAUUCUCGUUAAGAAACUUAGCAAAUCUGGUAAACACGCCGAGAUCUUGGGCGGUGGAGGAGGUGGCAGCGGCGGAGGAGGAGGAAAGGGGUUUCCUAGUCUGAAUGGGCAAUUCGGUAAUCUCAACAUGAGCGGAAAUGGGAAGCCUAAAGGUGGAAAAGAGAGCCACCCGGUGAAGGGUAAAGGAGGUGGUGGUGGUGGUGGUCAGAGUCAUGGACAAGGUCAACCAAUGCAGUUGACUCCUCAGCAGAUUCAACAGAUGAUGAUGAUGAAAGCUGCAGCUGCAGCUGCUCAUGGUGGUGGUGGGAAGGAUAUGAAGAUGAUGCCGCCUAUGGCAUCUAAGGAGCAGAAGAAGUCGGUCAAGUUUGCGGAAGAGGAGGAUGAUGAGUUCAGUGACGAUGAUUAUGAUGAUGAGGAUUUCAGUGAGGAUGAUUAUGAUGAUGAUGAGUUCGAUGAUGAUGAGGAUGAAGAUGGUGAUAUGGGAGGAGGACAUGGUCAUGGUCAUGGAGGAGGAGGAGGGAAUCACAUGCCUCCUAAUAAGAUGAUGAGGCCUAACAAAAUGCCUCAAAUGGGUCAUCAUGGUGGUGGUGGUGGACCUAAGGGACCUAAUGAGAUCAUGAUGAUGAUGAAUGGGUUGAAAAAUGGCGGUGGUGGCGGCGGCGGAGGAGGAGGUGGAGGGAAGAAAGGCGGCGGCGGAGGUGGUGGUGGGUUUGAGAUUCCGGUGCAAAUGAAGGGGAUGGGUGAGGGUAAAAUGGGAAAAGAGGGGAAGAAAGGAGGUAAAGGAGAGAAGGGUAAGAAGGAAGGGAAAGAGAAUAAAGGAGGUGGGGGCAAAACCGGAAAAUCAGAUGGCAAAAGUGGUGGUGGCCUUCUAGGGUUUUUCAAAAAGGGCAAAAGUGGAAAAGGAGAUGAGAAGAAGGGAGCUGGUAAGAAAGAAGGCGGUGGGGGUGAUAAGGUAAAAUCCUCCGGUGGUGGUGGAGGAGUACAUCAUUAUGAUAAUGGGCCUAAAAAGGGUGGUGGUGGGUCCAAAGGAGGAGCCUUCGGGGCCCAUGAUAUGGAAGAGCUUAUGAAACACAGCAAAGGAGGAGGAGGAGGAGGGAACAAGGGUAAUCAUAGCGCCAAGGGAAUGGGUGGCCCAAUGGGUCAAGGAGGUCCCAUGGGUGGUAUGAUGGGUCAAGGUGGUCCUCCUAUGGGUAUGAUGGGUCAAGGCGGUCCAAUGGGUCCCAUGGGACAGCAAGGCGGCUCCUACCCGGCGGUUCAAGGCUUGCCAAUGAGCGGAGGAGGAUACUAUCCGCCACCACCUCAGGCGAAUCAUCAAAUGAGCCAGCAGCAGUAUAUGCAAAUGAUGAUGAUGAACCAACAGCAGCAACAACAACAACAAGCAGCUGCACAACAAGCUGCAGCUUAUGGAGGAGGCUAUGGUGGUGGUCAGGGUGGUGACAUGUACCAUCCGAUGAUGUAUGCUCGGCCUCAUCCGGCUGUGAAUUAUGCUCAUCCGCCGCCUAUGCCACCCCCACACUCGGAUUCUUACACUAAUAUGUUCAGCGAUGAGAAUCCAGGUGGUUGUAGUGUUAUGUGA